GAUUUUUCCUGUGCGUUAUUUGGAGAUGACGGGGGUCUGGUUGCCAACGCUCCCCAUAUUCCAGUUCAUCUUGGUGCCAUGCAGGAAACAGUACAAUAUCAGAUGCAAGAAUUGGGAGAGAAUCUGAAUGAUGGAGAUGUAAUAUUGAGUAAUCAUCCACAGGCUGGUGGAAGUCAUUUACCAGAUCUCACUGUUAUUACUCCAGUCUUCUACCCAGGAGAGCCCAGACCAGUGUUUUACGUAGCCAGUCGAGGACAUCAUGCUGAUAUAGGGGGAAUAACUCCUGGUUCUAUGCCACCCCAUUCUACAUCAAUCCAACAAGAGGGAGCUGUAUUUAAAACAUUUAAACUUGUAGAUAAGGGUGUAUUUAAAGAAAAGGAAGUUAUUGCUGCCUUCAAUGAACCUGGUAAAUAUCCUGGUAGUUCCCCAUCACGAAACUUGUCUGAUAAUCUCAGUGAUCUGAGAGCUCAAAUAGCAGCCAAUCAAAAGGGUAUCCAGUUAGUGAGUGAAUUAAUUAAUGAAUAUAGUUUAAAAGUUGUUAAAGCCUACAUGUUGUACAUUCAGAGCAAUGCUGAAAUAGCAGUUAAAGAUAUGUUAAAAGAUAUAGCCAAGGAAACAAAAGAAAGAACUGGACAAACUAGACUAUAUGCUGAAGACUUUAUGGAUAAUGGUAGUAAAAUAGGACUGGAUGUUCAAAUCAACGAAACUAAUGGAACUGCUGUAUUUGAUUUCUCUAAGACUGGAUAUGAAGUCCAUGGUAACAGUAAUGCUCCGAGAGCUGUAGCUCUGUCAGGAUUGAUAUAUUGUUUACGGUGUAUGGUAGGACAUAAUGUCCCUCUCAAUCAGGGUUGUUUAAAACCAGUCAACGUUAUAACACCGAAGGGAUGUUUAUUGAACCCGUCCGACAACGCAGCAGUAGUCGGUGGUAACGUCACUACAUCACAGAGAAUAGUAGACGUCAUCCUGAAGGCGUUUAAUGUCUGUGCUGCUUCUCAGGGUUGUAUGAAUAACAUAACGUUUGGAGAUAAAGAUGUUGGAUAUUAUGAAACUGUAGCAGGGGGAGCUGGUGCUGGGCCGACAUGGGAUGGUCGGGGUGGAAUACACAGUCACAUGACCAACACCAGAAUAACUGAUGCUGAAAUCAUCGAGAAAAGAUAUCCAGUGAUAUUGAAAUGUUUUUACCUGAAUCCUGGUACAGGUGGAGAGGGGCAGUACCGGGGUGGGGAAGGUGUGGUCAGAGAAUUAUUAUUCAGACGACCUUUAACCCUAUCUGUAUUAUCAGAACGUAGAGUCUAUCAACCAUAUGGUAUAAACGGAGGUUUACCAGGUAAAAAAGGUGUGAAUCUGAUGUUUUAUAAAGAUGGUAGAAUUGUGAACGUGGGUGGUAAAAACUCAGUAGAUGUACAAGCUGGGGACAUUUUCCAUCUAGAAACACCAGGAGGAGGAGGCUAUGGUGAACCUAAAGACUCAAAUGAACCCCAACAUAAAAAACGGAGAGUAACGUCUGAACAGAAACAAGUAGAGCGUGGCAGUUUGUAUUCCUAUAAACUCAAACAAGAAUCAGCAUAA